AUGGAUCGCAAACACUUCAUGAGGCUCUGCUUGUUAUAUGAAUUCAAACAAGGGACGUCAGCGACAGUAGCACAUCGUGAGAUCUUACAAGUCUUUGGAAGCGACGCUUACUCCAGAAGUCAGUGUGAAAAAUGGUUUAAGCGCUUCAAGAAUGGCGACGAAUCAUUGAGCGACCAAGAACAUGGUAAACGGCCGGGUGUGGUAGAUAACGAACUGCUGAGGGUGGCGAUCGAUGAAAAUCCUCGACAGACUACAGUAGAAUUGGCUAAACACUUUGGGUGUUCGUAUGCUACCAUAUCUAGACGGUUAAAUGUUAUUGGGAAGGUAAAUCAUGGCGGUAAAUGGGUGGACAGGAAGGAUAAUGGUGCUAAUACUACGUGA